GGGACGCGGCUGGGGCUCCCGCCCGAGGUUCCUGCGAGCGCUUGGGACCGCGAACCCCCGCGCGAGGAACUAGCGAGCACGGGAGCCAACGAGUGCAGAGUGGGCAGAGGGCGGAGCGGAGCCGCCGGGCGGAGCGGGCUCAGAGCCCGGGUCUCCGCGGCUCGGCUCGGGACCCGGCGGCGGGGACGGCGAUGUUCCACUGCAUCCCCCUGUGGCGGUGCAACCGUCAUGUGGAGACCAUCGACAAGCGCCACUGCUCGCUGGUCUACGUCCCCGAGGAGAUUUACCGCUACGCCCGCAGCCUGGAGGAGCUGCUGCUGGACGCCAACCAGCUCCGCGAGCUGCCCGAGCAAUUUUUCCAGCUAGUCAAAUUACGAAAGCUUGGACUUAGUGAUAAUGAAAUUCAGCGGCUCCCUCCAGAAAUAGCAAACUUCAUGCAGCUGGUGGAACUUGAUGUGUCUCGAAAUG